AUGGCACCCAGCCAGAAAAAAAAGAGUGUCGCUAUAAUAGGCGGAGGCGCCGCUGGAAUGUCCUGCGCUGCAACUCUAGCCCAACAUCCAGACAAGUUUAGCGUGUCAUUAUUUGAAACAUCAACGCAUAUUGGUGGCCAAGCAACCUCAAUUGACAUUGACGAGUCCAGAUAUGGGGCACGCUGGCUGAACGACGGAGUACAAGGAGGCUCGGCAAUCUUCCGCCAUACCUUUGGUUUCUUCCGCAGAUAUGGAUAUGAGCCUCAAGAAGUCAAGCUGCAGGUAUCCUUUGGCAAAGGAAGGGAUAGUUUCUGGACCAAUGUGUUUCCCAGCCCUUUGGUGGAUGAGCUCUCGCAAGAAAUCAAGAAAUUGGGCCGAGUCUUGAACUGGAUCAAGUACCUUCUUCCCAUCCUUGGUCUCAUACCGGCAAAACUGUUGUUGCACAUGUUUCGGUUCAGCCGUGAUUUCAGCAACAAAAUGGUGCUGCCUCUGCUAGCCUUGUUUCUAGGCACUGGCAACCAGACUCCUAAUGUACCCAGUGCCCUCCUCGAGCGUUUAUUUGAUGAUCCAAAUAUGCGCUUGUGGGACUACGACCCUGACACGCUCCUCCCGAAUUUACCUUCAAUGUACACCUUUCCUAACCUGGGAAAUUUUUACCGUGACUGGGCAAGUGAUCUCCAGUCCAAGGGCGUCGAGUUCAGAAUUUCAUGUGAGGUAGAGGUCGUUGAGCGAGGAAGUACGGGAGUCCUCCUCCGGACAAAGAAAAAAGGCCAGCCUCCACAGAAUACAUCCAAUGUGCCUCAUUUAAUGCAUGAAAGACCAGACGAAAUAGAGCCAGAACAUUUCGAUGAGCUGGUAUUAUGUGUCCAAGCAGACGAUGCUAAGAAGCUCCUCGGAAAGCAUGCGACAUGGAAAGAGAAAUUCAUUCUUGGAGGCGUACGCUUUUACAAUGACAUCACGGUCACUCAUUCGGACUCGGAAUAUUUUCAGAGCAUAUUCGAGAAUAGAUUUCAAAAGGCCUUGUGCGCCGAUGCGACAACAACAAGCCGCAAAGACCAAAUAUCGUUUGCGACAAGCGAGCCUCAAUGCCGGAAAGAUGGCUGGGUUGGAUUCCAACCGAUGUAUUUCGUUCAUUCAUUCCCAUCGGACCCAGAAAAAAUAGAGAUGGGCUUCGAUUGCACCAAUUACCAACAUCAAUUCCGGUCAAGUGUUGGUGAAGGCAACCCGCCACCAAAGCAAGACCAGCAUGUUUUCCAGACAAUAUUCUUGAAUGAUCAGGAGAAGCAUCUCUGGACGAUUGAUCAAAUCAAAAAGGGCAAAAUCAUCGGCAAAAAAUGGUGGCAUCAAUGGGGCCAUCGUUGGUCUCAUUAUCUCCGUGUGGUACCUUUGAUGAUGUUCAUCAACGGAAAAAACCAUACUUUCUUUGGAGGAAGCUGGACGUUGGUUAACAUGCAUGAAGUUGCAUGCGUCUCUGGUAUUGCCGCUGCCUAUCGUCUAGGAGCCACUUACGACUCCAAUGGAUUCGGCGAGUUUGCGGAAGAUUUCUUCUCCAAGUAUCUUCUUCUUACCCAUGGUGUCCGAUACAAGCCCAACGAGCAGCAGCUGCGCUGA